CACAGCUGCUGGAGGAGGAGGAGUGGAGAUGUGAUCCCCGUCUCCAUUCAUCAUGACACCGUUCUUCAACAGCAAUAGGUCUGACAUGACUAAAGGAGAGGUGUUUCUGGAGUUCCUGAACCAGUCAACAGUAUUCUGCAGCCAGUUUGACAAUGGCAAGUGGUAUUGCUACAUCCUGCUGGUUAUCUUCAUGUUUGCCCUUCCUGUGGGGAUUCUGGGAAACGUAGCAGCUCUAAUCAACUACACCUGCUUCAGGAAAACCUCGAGCACCAGCAAUAUUUUCCUGUUGAACCUGGCUCUGUGCGACUCAGCCUGGGUCCUCACUGUCCCUUUCAACCUCUACUUCACCUUCCAGAGACCGUACCUCAAAGACAUAGCGAUCUUCUGCCAGUUCAGGAAGAUCUCGUUCAACAUCAACAUAUACGGCAGCAUCCACUUCCUCACUCUCAUUAGUUUUGAUCGAUAUGUCGGGACAGUGCACCCUAUAAGCUCUCUCCGCUGGUGGGAUGUGGGUAAAGCCAAGCUAUGCUCACUAUGCACAUGGGUCGUGUUGGUCCUGAGUUCCAUUCCUGACUUAUUUGUAACUUUUGGUAUUGAGCGACCAAAAAAUGUAACUGUGUGCAUGGACCACAUCCAAGGCCCUUUUAUCUACAUCAAGACAAUCACCAUUAUCAGAACAAUAGUAGGCUUCCUGCUACCGUUCACCAGCAUGCUGGCUUUUUACAUCAUGACAGUUCGUGUUUUGAGGCGUCUCCCAAGGGGUAGAAGGCAUAGAGGAGCCCAGCGGACGGGAGGGAAGCCUCUGAGGCUCAUCACUGCUGCCAUACUUGUCUUUGUGGUUUCCUUUGUGCCGUACCACGUCAUGAUCAUGACCCUGGUGUUCAUGAGGAUCCAUAACCAGGUCACGCCAUCUAACACCAACGUCCUGUAUGCCUCCUAUGAGUUCUUUGAGGCCAUGUGCAGUGUAAGUAGCUGCUUGGACCCAGUGUUGUAUAUUAUGGCUAGUGAGCAGUUCCAGAGGAAGCUGCUGGCCUUGAAAAGAGCCCGAUACCGGAGACUGUGCUGCAGAGCCAGCAGGAGGGUUGGUGUAAUUGGGUGAAUCCAAUGCAUGACUUUUUUGCCUAGUUACCUUAAAUUGCCUCAACUGUAUCACUAUUACACUGUGCCAGUAGCAGAUGUUAAUGGUACCUUGGCCUAAAUGGUUAUCUUGGCCUAAAGCAUGCGUAAAUUGCACUAUUAUGGAACUGGAAUUAAAGAAGAAACUUGACUUCUUUUCUUACAGCAAUAUAAAGCAA